AUGCGUUUCUCUUUCAGCACAGCAAGACUGGUGCUACUACUCGGCUGGCUUGGCUCUACUCUCUCGCUGCCAAGCCCCGGCCCGGACCUCGAGAAUGACGAGCAGAACGGGCCGGAAAGGGGUCCGAAAGUUAUCACCCGCGAUGUCUGUAUCAUAGGCGGCGGCGCCUCAGGCACGUAUGCUGCAGUUCGACUACGAGAGCUUGGUCACAGUGUUGCCCUUGUCGAGAGAGAGGACCACUUGGGAGGUCACACGCGGACAUACUAUGACCCUGAAGGGAGACCAAUCGACUACGGGGUCUGGGUGUACUCGAACAAUACAGACGCGGCUCGGUUCUUCGCGCAUUUCAACAUCGCCACGGCACGCCAGGACUUCACCAGGAUCUCUGAGGGGAGUCAGCGGAUUGAUCUUCGGACGGGCCAGCGUGUCCCACCCCCGAGUGGGAGUGUUGUCGAGGCAAUGACACGAUAUGCUCAAAUUCUCUUGCAGUUUCCUUACCUUGCCGACGGAUGGGACCUUCCGGACCCUGUCCCCGAGGAUCUGCUGUUGUCGUUUCGCGACUUCAUCGCGCGGCAUAACCUCGGUCCGGCCGUGGAGACGCUGACGCUGUAUGUCCAGGGACUAGGAGAUAUUCUGGACUACCCUGCUGUCUAUGUUAUGAAGUAUUUCAGCUUCGCCGUGCUCCUCGGUAUCCAGCAGGGCUUCACGACGUCGGCAAGCCUAGCCAAUGGGAGGCUCUACGAGGCGGCACAGGCCGAGCUGGGAGACGAUGUCCUGCUCAGCAGCACGGCUAUAGCAGCCUCUCGCUCAGCUGAUGGCCACCGCAUCCUCGUCUCUACUCCCGAGGGAAAGCAGCUUAUCCAAGCCGAUAAGCUCAUCAUCGCGAUUCCACCGUUGCCACAAAACUUGGAACCAUUCGACCUCGACGACCGCGAAUCAGAAACAUUCGCCCAGUUCGGCAACAGCUACUACUACACCACCGUCAUACGUCUCCCUGGAGUGCCCAACAACGUCCAGAUCCUCAACCGGGCAGUCGACACAGAGUACAACGCCCCGGUCCUCCCGGGUGCAUACGUCUUCUACCCAUCUCAAGUCCCAACCCUCUUCAUGGGGUUCUUCGGCGGCGGCGACCAAGACCUCAGUGAGGAAGAGGUUCGAGAGACGAUAAUCGACAAUGCGCUGCAGUUGCGCAAUGCCGGGUAUGAUGUCGCCGACCCGGAGAUCCUGGCGUAUGGGAACCAUAGUCCCUUUCAGCUGUUUGUGUCUUCCGAGGCGAUUGCGAAUGGCUUCUAUCGGGAUUUGUACUCGCUGCAGGGGUUGCGAAAGACCUGGUAUACAGGUGCGGCGUGGCAUGCGCAUGACUCGGCGGCGUUAUGGAGAUUUACGGAACGGUUGCUGAAUGAGAGGGUUAUUGGUGGUUAGUUAGUUAGUUGUUGAGAUUGUUGUUUCAACUGGAGAUAGGUUUUUUUUGGUUCUCAAUAGCUAUUCGUGUCACGGAUUAUGAUGUACCUCCUCGCGCUCAAUCCCCGCCCUCCUGCAACAGAC